UUCGGGGGUUCGGCCCGCAUGGUCCAGCGCCUACAGGGUCAGCACGUGGUCCCAAACCCCUUCCCCUGCUGCUGCUGCUGCUGUCUCCCCAACAUUUCCACCAGCUGGUCCAACCUACGCUGGAUGACCCUGGCCGUGUACCAGCUGUCCCUCAUCAGGACCAUCCUCUUCUUCGUCACACUCAUCCUCUGGACCGACGAGAAGUACGACUACGGUGAUGUGAGCUACACCAACCCCAACUCCUACAUCAACGCCAUCAUCGGGAUCUCUACCCUGCUGUCCUUCUACGGCUACCUGCUCUUCUACAAGGCCACCAAGCCGGCCCUGGCCGGCUACAACCUGCGUUCCAAGUUCGUCUGCAUCAUCCUGGUCCUUGUGGUGUGCGGCCUGCAGAGCAGCAUCCUGGAGACCAUGGGGGCUCUGGGGGCCAUUCCCUGCCAGCCUCCGCUCUCGGCCGAUACCCGCUCGCAGAGUGAGUCCACCCGCAGCAAUCCCUGGGGUGGUGCUAGGGGGGGCAGGGUGGGGGCAAGGGGCGCUCUCCCCUGGCAGCCAGUGGCAGGCACUAGGGGGCGCCGUUCUAACCUCACCGUUCUCCCUUCCCAGUUAUCUAUUACUACUCCCUGGUGGUGGAGAUGUUUCUCAUCAGCCUCUUUGCCCAUUACUGUUUCCGACGGGAGAAGCUCACCCCGGAGAGCCCCACCGGCACCAAGAACCAGGCCUCCCAGACGCAGGCGCUUCCUAGAGGUGCUGGGGAGGACAGCGCCUCCCUGACAGGCUUCAACCCCUGCUGCUCCCCCGAUGAGAGCCUCUGCCGAAUCGAGCACACGCCACUGGAUCGCUUCCAUUUCAGCCCCAGCUUCCCCCGACCCAGCGGGGGACUGGGCCAGGGCUGGCCAGCUGGAACUCCCCCGGGGGCCCUCGAGAUGGGAGAGCUGAGUCCCGGGGUCCCAGCGAAUGGGUCUCCCCCCAGGAAAACCAACGCCCACCCCAAUGGAGUCCAGAACCAACCCGGCACCCCUGACAUCACCAUGGUAUAAGCAGGACCCCACCCCACAUGGGGCAGGGAGCAGCAGAGGUAGAAGACAGAUGGUGUUAAUCUGUGCAACUCCCUGCUACAGGAGACUGCAGGAGGCGAUGCUUCCCAAGAGGAUGGGGGGGACUGGUUGAUCCCCAGAAAGAAUGGGGAUGAGGCAGGAGCUGGAGAUCGAAUGCUAAGUGCUGUUGUAUAAUUGGGGUGAUUUAGGGCGGACCCCCUGUUCUUAUGAAUGGUGGGGGAUAUGAAACUGCUGUGUCAUGGGAGGCCUCUCUGUAUACCCAGCAUGGCUGCUAAGUCUUUAAGCAGAUACCUCCCAGAGGACGCACCGGAAGAGCCACUCAGCGAGGCAGAGUGGGAGAGGGGCGCCUGUGUUCUUUCGGAGGAUGUCUGCAUUUCUCAUUAAUAUCGUAUCUGACCCUGUUUCCCUGGCUGCAUCUAGGGCAGGCAGAGGAGGCUCAGAGUACACAGACCACCAGCUCUUUGGAGUUGAGCCCGUCGCUCUGUUCUGGGCUAGGACAGGGCUGCGGGGAAGCGGGCCAGAGCUAGGGGUGUGCCAUUAACCCCCAAAAUAAAGCAACACGGGCUGAGACAGUCUCUCCAGUGCCGGGUACAAAGGGGCAAAGGGAAGAACGGAGCGAAGAAGCUGCUACCAUUAACCAGCGGAACUCCCUGCUCCGUGAUAUCCCUGACGGGAAAGAUU